AAGCUUUCCAACCUCGCGGAGGCAUCAUGUCGGCUCUGCUCUCUUUCCUCUUCAUCUCACUGGCCUGGACUAAAGCGACAUGGGCCGCAGACUACAACUUGACUUACACGGUCUCCAUGGCCACGAAGGUCAGCCUGAAAUGGGGCUUCAAUGAUCCUCAAGGGAACAUCACAUUCCAGCUGACGAUCGGCACAACAGGCUGGGUGGGCUUUGGACUUAGCAUACACGAUGACAUGGUCGACUCAGACAUCGUCAUUGGGGGGCUUGGAUCCAGUGGGAACUAUUUUGGCGAUUAUUAUGCCAAGUCGAACACCAUGCCUACAAUGGAUGGGCAGCAGAACUACCAUCUCCUCUCCAUGACUGAAAACAAUGGGGAAACCACAAUGACAUUUCGGAGGCUCAUGGAUACAAAGGAUAGCAACGACUUUCUCAUUACUGACAAAGUCAUUUAUGUUAUCUACGCCUAUGGAGACACCGAUGAAAUAAAGUACCAUGACAAUCGCCGAGGCCAGAAGCAAGUGAAUCUGCUGAAUUAUAAAGAGUCUACCACAGGGUCUGCCGCAAGCAGACUCAGUACUUCCUGGACUGUGAACGCAGGAGGAGUCAUGCUUUUGCUCUGGAUUGCUAUGGCUGUAUGAGCAACAGAGUACUGUGCAAUUUUAAUGACUA